GAGAAUGACUUUUUUUACCUUUGAUUUGAAUACACCAUGAGUGAUUUCAAGGUCGUUCAGUGCCAACAUCUGACGGAAUGAAUUCCAAAGGCAACUAGAUUUGUAAACGAAACUGUUUGAGGGCAUGGUUGUUAUAAGAAGAGUUUCUUUGCCGGGUCUUUUAGACAAACAGAAAAGUUCAAAUAGUGCAAUUGGUGUUCGAUAUUUAAAGACUUUAAAAAGUUCAUUGCAGCAGUGAUACGCGUAUAAAUUAUGCAAUGUCAUGAGUGAUUGACGGGCAAAAAUUGGCUUGGUGUGCUCUCUCUCAAAGAAUUUGCUCGUAAGUUUCUGUUCACUGAUAGGUCUAGUCCUAGCACAUGUCAUAAAUUUAUCAAGGUAUGCUUUUUUGUCACCAAACAUGAUACGAACACACUUUUUCUGGGCUACAAAUAGUGGUUGAAGUUUAUUAUUACUUGCACCUCCCCAAACGGUAAUGCCAUAAGAUAGGUGACUUUCAAACAGUGUGUGGUACAAGUCCUUAUGGAUAGAUGAUGGAAUUUUAUCCUUAAUCAUGUACAGCAUUUUCUAAUAUAAGAUAUUGUAUUGAUUGUUCUGUGGCAAAUUAACUGUUCUCUUACUGAUUUCUGUUCUGUGAAAGUGGCUGGAAAUGUUCUCAUUCGUGAUGCACUUACAAUGUUUCUGGGGCAAAGUUUGAAUUGAUCCCGUUUGUUGUGACAAGGAAAAGGCUCUUAUCAGGAAAGGAAUUGUUUGACAUUUCAAUGUAACAACAUCGUAUUCAUGAUCUCUAUUAUUUUCUAUAAUAUACUAGUUGUGUUGAAAGUAUUAAACAUAUACAAAUUCCUGGUUCCAGCCAAAUUUGUGAAACAGUCUCUUGUCCAAUCUUGAUUUCUUUCAAUCAUACAAUAUUGUUUGUGGGGUACAGUAAUUGUACUAUUUAUACAAAAAGACAUUUACAGAUCAAAUUCAAUUCGAAUUAACAUAUAAGCUUAUGAAAUCCUGGCAAAAACCUUUUUGCUGUCAAAAAAUAUAACAUGAUAUUGAUAAAAUGUAGGCAACUAUUGGUCAUUAUUAUAUGUAUUAAUGGAUUCACUGACAUCAGCAUAUCUCAGUCUUGCACGUUUUAAGAAUCGAAAGAAAAAUUUCCUAAAUGAAGGCAUGAAUAUCAUAUAAAUUAUAGGAUUCAUGGAUGAGUUUAAACCAACACAAAAUAUCUCUUGAAAAUUAUUAAAAUAGAAAUAACUAUCAAAUGUGAAUAGGUGUAAGGCUUUUGGAUACAAAUAGCCUACCGAGUAUAAUAUUACAGUAACAACUGGUGGCACAUUAAAUAUUAUGUACACUACAGUCACCACUAUAACAGUCAAUGUUACUUUUUUCUUUUCGUUUAUCACAUUACCAUUAAUGUUUCUUACACUCAUUUCAAGGGAUACAUUUAUAGAUUUCUUCAUAGCAUACACAGAUAAUAUGCAGCUCAAAACAAUCGGAAUGACUGGUACAAUCAGUGGUAUGAUCACCAAAAAUAGGUGUGCUAUCAACACAAUCUUUGGUGAGGUUACUACAUCUCCUAUCAUCCAGAUGCAUUUCGUGUUCAUUUCGCUGUAGUAGUAUUCAAUCUUCAUCUGAAAGUAUAAGACAGCUUUAAAGACUGAUUUUCACAAAAAAUGUAUUUAUGAACUCAGUUUUCUUUUCUGAAGGCAAUUAUUCAUAAUCAUAGGUAAUUUUAACAACUCUUUGCUAAUAAAGCUAUCCAAUCUAUACAAUCAUAGAAGAGAAUAAAACUUACUGCAAAGGGCACAGAUGCUUGUAGGAGCUGCAAAACAGUGUAAAAUAUUAUUAUUAUCAGAACAGAUUUCUUACUGAUACUUCUGAAAGGAAAUAAUAAGUACACGGUUCGAGUUACACUUAGUACCAUGACUAGAAAAACUGACAAUCUUGCUGCAACGUUCCACAGGAAUCCAUGUGCAUUACACAACAUUCUAUAAGAGAAGAAGUGUCCUCUUCUGAAGUCUAGGUCUGAAAUUCCGAUUGGAGCCAUCAUCAAGCAAGUCAAAAAGUCUAUGACUGAUAUCGAGAUGUAUAUGAUUUUGAUUACGUCCUUCUUUGAUUUCAAGAAGAAUGCCAGUGCCAUUGCGUUCCAAAUAACUCCAAAUGUUGCCAUGUACAGUGCAAGGAUUCCAUUAAAGAUAUCUAGUGAUCGUAUGACCCAUUGGGGCAUUGUUGGAUAGUAGACAGCAUUUGCUAUUGUGGCAUCUGUUAGGUGGUCAAUCAUCCCUGAUGUAAAGUUCAUAUGUGAUACUUUUUUCCCUAAGAAAUAGUUUUUGGUUAGAGUAAUUUACCUGUAGUAAGGAUUAAGAUAUAACAGCGGGAUAAAAUAAAAAUGGGCGGGUAGAAACAAUUUUGCAGUAUUAACUUUAAAAUACGCUUUGUGAACAUUGUUUUACACAUGAUGUUAGGUUUGGGAUAUUUUGCGAUGAAAUGUACAUUAUAUCACAGCUUUUGUUUAUAAUAUCUGAAAGUUAGUAAUGAAAUUUGAUGAGAAUAUAAUAAUCUGUUGCACUCAUAUUUAAAUAGGUAGAACGAUUUCUGUUCCUUCUAUAAAGUGGUUCUCAAUAUUUAUCCAAUCAAAGUUUCAUUUAUUUGAUUUAUUCUCACCAAAAUGAAAUGCUCUUAACUAAUCAUUCUUUUAUUCAGGAUGGCUAUAUUAGAAGGUCCGGUGAACCUUUUAGCCAGCAAUAUGGGCCUCCCAGUCGAUGCUGUAAGACUAGUAACGGGACUUCUCUUCUGUCAGAUCUUUGCUGUUCUCCACCGAGUAGUGAUCUCCAAGAUGUCAGAUCCCACAACUAAACGGACUAUACAUCUCCUGUUAGGACUAUUUCUGGGCUACUAUGUCUGGGAUCUUGACUGUCUGCACCACUGUGCAUCAGCUCUAGGCUUUUAUCUUAUGUUCUCCAUUUUGCCCUGGGAAUUGGCUGCCAAGCUGAACUUUUUAUAUCAGCUAGGAUACCUUGCUGUGGGCUACUACUUCAACAACUUGGUAGAAAACUACGCUAUCAACUGGACAACCUCCCAAGCUGUGGUAACCCUAAAGAUGAUCGGAAUCGGGUUUGAUUUGUGUGACCGUCAAAAGGAUGGAGUGAAACUCCCUGGAGUUAUGACGAUCCUAGGUUAUGUCUUCUUUAUGGGUACAUAUCUGGUUGGACCUUUGGACGAUUUCAAGAGAUUCGAAGCAUUCUUCAGCGAUAAGUUGUUUGACAAGGAGAAGGGUCCGGGUAUUGGAAUUGGAUUGAAGCGAGUGGCUCACGGGGUUUUCUACCUAGUUGUGUCUGUAUUGACAACAUCAUUCUUUACAACCGACUACAUGUUCACCCCACAAUUUCUAGAUCUACUGCUGCCUUUGAGGAUCCUGUACGUUACUGCCUGGGGGCACUGUGGGCUGUACAAAUACCUUGGAGUGUGGUGUAUUGCUGAAAGCGCUUGUAUGUACAUGGGUUACACCUUCAACGGCGAGGAAAAGUGGGACGGCCUCCGGAAUGUGUCCACCAACGCAUUCCACCAGUCCACCAAGCUUCAGGACAUCAUAGAAACCUGGAACAUCAACACCAGCAACUGGUGCGCGAAGCACAUCUACAAGCGCUGCAGGUUCCUGGGGAACAAGAGUCUGUCCCAGCUGAUUACCAUGUUGUUCCUCGCUACGUGGCACGGACUCCAUCUCGGUUACUUCAUCUGCUUCUUCCAGGAGUUCCUCUACUUGUUUAUGGAGAAGGGAGCCUCUACUAAUCCUCUUCUUAAACAAGUCAGUAAUGUCCUUCCUAAAUCAGUCGAGAAGCUCCUGUGUUGGCUAUAUGCCAAGUUGUUCUUGUCCUUUGCUCUUGUCGGAUUUGAACUCUACACCUUUGACAAAAUCAUGUACAUUUACGGUUCCAUCUACUACAUCUGCCCGGUUAUUGCUCUCGUUAUUAUUUCAACUAACACUAUCUUUGCCGAAAAGAUCUCAUCUGACAAAAUUGAGUAAAACUUACAAGAGUGAUAUACCGUGAACUCUUAGCGGUGAACUCUAUUUAGAGGUCUCUAAGUGAACUCUAUUUAGAGGUCUCAUUAUAAGAGUACUCCACCGUGAACUUUAGAGGUUCACUUGACCAGACUAGUAAUUACAGCUGAUUUUCCCGUUGUUCUAAUCACUGUUUUAAGAUAGGUACUUUAGAAUAUUAUGCUUAAUGGUAGUUGGCUAGAAUGUUGUACAUUUUUAAUCUGUAUAAAUCCUUUUUGUGAAAUAUAUUUUUGAACAGACUAAACCAAUGUAAUUUUUAGAUCAGCUAUUAGGAUAUAGGAUUGAAAUCAGUGCUGCUAUUUUAGGUGCAUGAUUAAAAUUAAUACGCAUGAUAACUGAUAUAUAAGUAUGAUACAAUUUUGAGCAUGGAAUUUUAAAAUGUGGGAUAAAUAAAAGACGUGUGUAAUCUAGGUUAAUUUUCAUUUUCACUUUGCUUUCUGAUUUUGCUCUUUGUUGUUGUCAAUCUUACUGUUGAGCGGCUUUUUAAUUGGGUUUCAAGCAUUUUGUAGAAUUAAAUUGUAGCCAAUUGAUUUCUAUUGCAUGCUAAGGGUGUGAUGUUUGUUUUUGAAACUGGCAGAGAAGAAUUUAAGCGUAAUUUGGGGUGUGCUAAUUUUAUCAUAAUAAGCAAGUAUUGGGGAUAAAGUAAUGCUGACUAUGAUGAAGUUGUUGUUAUUCUUUUCUUUUUAGAUCACUUCGCCGAAUAAA